AUGACUCUGGCAAAAAUAUAUUGGCACCAAGCGCUACUUGGCUACAACAUUAAAAAGCCGAUGGCUUUGCCUGUCGAUCGAAAUAUUUCGUCCAACGGCACGAGAAGUGGCCAAGGUUUUAGCAUUGAACUUCAAUUCAACAGUCACAUUGUCGAGCAACUUGUUAAGUAUGCUGUACGUUUCAAUGUCACUCUUUAUCAAGUUUGUCUGGCAAUAUACUAUGCUUUUCUAUUUCAUUUGACUGGUGGUCAAAAAGAUCUUAUAGUUGGCAUUGUGCAUGCCAAUCGCUAUCGGCCAGAACUUCAACACAUUAUUGGCAUGUUUGUCAACACUCUCCCAAUGCGUCUUCGUGUCAAUCCAUAUGAUACAUUCAAUGAGCUACUUUGCAGAGUAUCCAGUACGAUGUUUGAAGCACAACCACAUUCGAAUUUACCCUAUCAAUAUAUCAUUGAACAAGUUCCAAUGUGGCAAUUUCAUAAAGGCAACUUGAUUCAAACUAUGUUCACUUUGGAUGAAGUUGAAACCAUACAUGUUCGGCUUGAUGCUGGAGUAAUGAUUGAAUCCUGCUCCUUGUCGAGUCUAAAAAAUACUUCUGUGCAGAUUGGAAUACCUAAAAUUGCUGUAGCUAUGUUUGAUAUGACAUUGUCAUUAGAGCACAUAGUCGCGACAAAUUCAUUGCACGCUGAAUUGAUUAGUUCUAGUGAUCUUUUUGAUUCAAUCACACUUGUCAACAUGGCUAGACGAUUUCAACUCAUUGUCGAACAAUUAUUCUCUCCUAUAUCAAUGACCAUGAUGAUAACAGAACAAUUACUUUGUGAUUUAUCAUUGAUUUUACCAGAGGAAAUGACGGAUGAUAAUCAAUAUAUUCAAUUUGCGACGAUGAGUGAAACGAAGUCGAUAGCUCGAGCCUCUUAUGCUCAAAGCAGGAUCUGGGUAAACGAACAGAUCAAUUCUGAUACCGAAGCAGCCAUUAGCAAUAGAGCAUAUUUCUACAAGCUAUCUGAAGGAAGUCUCUCUAUUGAGCGGCUUCGACGUGCUCUUCGGCUUGUCGUUCUUAAACACAGUUCUCUUCGAACAUUAUUCUUAUUUGACUCGAAAGUCGACUGUUUAAUGCAGCGUAUAAUUCCGUAUAAUGACAAUGGUGAAGAGCUAUUUACCUUUGUUCAUAGUACAUUCAAAGAUGACAAAAAUCUGAAAAACAUUAUGCUCAACGAGCUGCAUAAUCCUUUGAAUUUUGAUCUGUUCAAUGGUUGUGUGUUUCGUGUUCACAUAAUUGUACAAGAUAGUAGCAAUGACGAUCUUCUCCAAAUAGGAGACUACUUAUUCUUUAACUUUCAUCCAAUUGCAUUCGAUAUUCCAUCCUUCGAUAUAUUCUAUCAGGUUCUAUGCAUGGCAUAUGAAUGUGGAACAACAUCACCCUGUAGUGGUCAACACCUUCGUUAUAUCGACUAUGCUGCCACUGAACAACUCAUGCCAAUGAAACAAGCUAGUACUUUCUGGCACGAAAUCAUGUUUGACUACGAUUGGGACCGCCAUCUUAACUUUCCAAUAGAUCACAAAUACAAAUCUCUUGAACAACCUACUGGGUUUGCCUAUUCGACUACUGUCAAGUUACAUGACGAUCUUGCGACAACACUGAGUGAUUAUGCAUCAGCAAUGAAAAUGUCUCUAUUACCUCUAUUGCUCGCAUGCUACUAUCUAUUUUUAUUCAAGUUUACCAAUGGUGAAACAGAUUUGUGCAUUGGCGUACAUGUCAGCAGUCGGGACAGAUUCGAACUACAAAACAUCAUAGGAACAUUCAUCAACAUAGUUCCGCUUCGCUUUCAAAUUAAUCCAAUCGCAAACUUUAAACAUAAUCUGUCUCAAAUAACAAAACUGUUCCAUCAAAGUGAGAAAUACGCCUAUUUCCCAAUUCAACGAAUACUCGACACAUUCUCCUUAUCCACUGCGACUUCUAUUAAAGUCGCUUUCAAUUUCGAAAUAAACGAUAUGCAAUCAAUCCAUAUUGAUACAGCACAAUUAGCACACGUUUCACUACCAGAAGUGAAUGACAGUUUUCAUGACAACCAAAAAGUCAUAUCGAGAUUUGAUUUAUCUCUCACGAUUAAAUACAAUCAACGUUUCAAUGAAUUUAGCUGUACAUUCAACGCCUCCUGUGAUCUAUUCGAUUUGGCAACGGUACAAGCACUAGGUGAACGUUUUCAGAUUCUUUGCCAGCAACUCUUCUGCUCAUCGUUUGAUCAUAAUAAUCAACCAAUCUAUGAGUUAUCUCUUCUUUUACCUUCGGAACGACAUAUCAUGCAAAUAAUGAACAACUGUCACAUGAUACCCAAUGAAACUGAUUGUAUUCAUCAGAUGUUCGCACAGAAAGCAACGAUGCAUCCAAGUAAGUUAGCUGUUACACUCGAUGAACAGUGUCUCACUUACGGCCAACUGUUGACUCGAGUACAACAACUAGCAUGGCAUCUUAUUAAUGAGAAAGAUGUUCAUCCAGGUGAUAUUGUCUGUCAAUGUGUUGAUCGAAGUAUUGAAAUGGUUGUUGGCAUCAUGGGCAUUGUGAUGUCGGGUGCUGUAUACGCUCCCAUCAAUCCCAACGAUCCGUUCGAUCGACUUGAGUUACUCGUUCGACAAACUCGUGCGAAAGUGGUGCUUACUAAUUGUAUGUCUCAUGCACAUGUAAGUCGACUCAAUUUGUCGAUUGCUAAUAUCUCUGAGAUACUUACAUCACACAAUGUUCUUAGCGAUGCUGAAAUGACGAAAUUAUCUGAAGUAGCUGUAACACCCGAGUGUAUCUCUCAUAUUGUAUUCACGUCAGGAUCGACAGGUAUUCCGAAAGCAGUUCAAAUUCGCCAUCGCAAUUUCAUGGGUUACAUGCAAGCACACGUUAUGCGGGUGGACGACAUCGUUCUUCAACUUGCCAGUUCUUCUUUCGAUGUUCACUUGGACGAAAUCCUUGGUGCUCUUGUUCGAGGUGCUCACUUAGUGUUACUCAAGAUUGGAGGACAUCUUGAUUUCGAUUAUGUGACAAAGACCAUUAAUCAACAUAAAGUUACUUUUGUUGCACCUGUCCCAUCGUGGAUCAAUGCGUUAGGAAAAUUUCUUAGUGAAAAUCGUUUCGCUCACGACCGGAUCAGACAAGUUCGUCUAUGGUAUCUCGGAGGUGAACAAUUGCUGAGUUCAACCGUUCGACAAUUUUUACCAUUCGUCAACGAACAAUGCCGUAUUUUGAAUUCUUAUGGGCCUGCAGAAAUUACAGAGGCGGCCACGUUUUACGAAGUUCGUCGAGAUGAACUUUCCACGAUUACAUCACAACCUAUUGGACGUCCAAUGGUUGGCUAUCGAAUUUAUCUUCUCGAUGAGUAUCGACAGCCAGUCAUACCCGGUCAACAGGGUGAAAUUGUUAUUGGAGAUUUGACAUCACAAGUGUUGAUUGAUAUUGAUGACGAACAGUGUUACAUAACUGGAGACUUAGCUCGACUGGACGUUAGAUCGGAGGAGCUUGUGUUUAUGGGCCGACGAGAUUUUCAAGUUAAAUUACGAGGACAGCGCAUCGAACUCAGUGAAGUCGAAGCUGUCAUCAUUGAAACAUCGCCAAAUAUUGUUAGUUGUGUUGUAAUGAAGGAAAACUUUGAAGAGGAUAACUAUUUAGCAGCUUAUGUUCAAGUGAAAGAUAGUAAUGAAAAUGACAAAAUCCUUGAAAAAGUGAUGUUUGCUUGUCAGUGUCUGUUACCUUCAUACAUGACUCCAUCGAAAUGGUUUCUUGUUUCAGAAUUACCGUUGAAUGCAAAUGGUAAAAUUGAUCGGAAAGCGUUGAGAGAAAUCGCAAAAAUGAUGGAUUUACCACUUGAUAAUGUGACCUCGAGAAGGUUGUCACCGUUAGAAAGAAAAUUAGAAGACAUUUUCGUGCGGGCAUUUCAUUUAAAAUCAUCACCUGAUGUGAAAAGCUCAUUUGGACAACUGGGUGGCACGUCGCUUGGAGCAAUGUUCGCAGUGAAUCUUAUUCGUCAAGAAAUUUUUGAGAAAAUGGACAUUAACCUUCUGUUUGUGAAUCCUUCUGUACAAAAUUUAGCUGCAGCCUUAGAGCCACUUAUUUCUAGUGUUAAGUCUGAUGAAGACAAUCAAGAAGAUGAUGUCGACUUUUGUAUUCGACCUUGCCCAUCCUGGCUCAUUGAAACAAUUGGCAUUCUUAUACUCGCUUGGCAAUGGUUGUGGCCAAUUAUUUUUGCAAUCAGAUUGAAUUCUCUUUUCUUCCAGGUAAUAUUUGUCCCAUUGAUGCACUUAUUGCAAUAUCCUAUGUUCAUGAAACUGUUGGGCGAAUCCUAUUGGCAAUAUCAAGAUAGAUUAUAUUCAUGGCGUUACUAUCGUUUGUGGUUUCUCAGACGACAGUGGUCACUCAAUACAUAUUGGCUUAGUCAUUUAUUAGGUACACCAUUUUACAAUGCGUAUCUUCGUCUAUGUGGCGCGUACAUUGGCAAUGGAACAUAUAUUUACACCUAUCAAAUUGAUGCACCAUGGCUACUCAAGAUCGGCGACGGCACUUAUAUUGGCAACGAAGUCAUUCUUUCUUCUCUGACAUAUCAUGAUUGUACUUACGCGCUACAUGAGACUCGCAUUGGAUCGUACUGUUCUAUCGGUGCCCGUUGUGUUCUACAUGAUCGAGUUGACAUGCAUGAUCACGUUCUUAUCGAGCCAUUGACAACUGUCACAGGUCGAAUUUUGGGAACACAUGCAAAGGAAUUGUUGCCAUGCAUAAUGAGUUGUAGGCAGUCAUUUUUUCAACUUGUCGCUAUUUUCACCAUAACUAGUAUACAUGCUUUGAUUUUGAAAUUAAGUUGGUUAGCCGUGCAUUGGCUACCACUAUGGUUAAGCUUAUCAGUGUGUUGGCUUGUUUGGUCUAUUAUUGGUGCAGGUAUUAGUCUAGUUCUCCUACGAUUUAUUGUUGGCCAUAUUCAACAGAAUUUCUCGUAUUCUCUCAACUCCUGGAAGUUUCUUUCUCAAGUUUGGCUACGUCAUUUAGUUCUUAGUUCAUUUGAUCCGUGCCUUUCGACUGUUUUUGACGAAUUUAACUCUUUCACUCCUUUGAUUCUUCGUUGGCUUGGUGCCUCUAUAGAACCCAAUGAUAUCAAGAUAGCACACUUUGUUCCACUUUUAUUGGUACCACCAAAUCUACUUGUUAUUGGGCAUGGUGUGACAAUUACAUCUGAUGUAUGCUUUGUUCCAUUUGAUGUCACAACAAAUAGUCAAUGCAUUGUUAGUGGUCAAAUUCAGAUAGGUCAUCGAUCGUUUCUUGGUAAUAAUUGUGUCCUUCGGUCGGGUGUUUGCCUUCCAGCAGAUGUUUUAGUCGGUUGCUUAACACGAGUUGAUUUGACAGCCAAUAGUAUGAAGGAAGGUUAG